GAGGAGUGGCUGCCCACAAGUAAAUACUGCAGUUAUUGCAGUACAGGGUGAGUUUGGUGUCGUUUGGUCUCGCAUUUGGUGCCGGAGGAGACUCUAGCUGGUGACUAUGGCUAUGGACAGGUCCUCAAUGUCUCUUUUAGAGUAUCUUCCUUUUACUGGCCCGCUGGAGAAAGCCUUCAAUGCCAGAGGAUCUAUUCGCUGGCUACAUGAUAACUUUUAUCUCACUUUUGUAACCAGUGGACUCUACGUUGCAUUCGUUUUUCUUGGCACUCUAGCAAUGAAGGAGAGAGCCCCGUUCCGUCUGGAGAGGUUGCUGUUUAUGUGGAACGUUGGGCUGGCAGCAUUCUCCAUCAUGGGCUCAUUCUCAAUAGUCCCCCUACUCCUGUACACUGUCUAUGAGAAAGGGUUCCCCUACACCACCUGUAUAUCACCCGGGCUCUUCAACCCUCACAUUACACUCUGGGCUGUGUUAUUUGUACUCUCAAAGAUAUUUGAGUUUGGCGACACCGUGUUUAUUGUUUUACGAAAGAAGAAGCUAAUGUUCCUCCAUUGGUACCAUCACGUGACUGUACUGAUGUUCUCGUGGUAUUGCUUGGGUAACCUGGUCACUGGGGCCGGCCACUGGUUCGCUGGUGUUAAUCUUAUUGUCCAUUCUGUCAUGUACACAUAUUACGCUAUAGUGUCUUAUGGUAUCAGGGUCCCAUCAAGGGUAGCACUCUGGAUCACGAUAUUCCAACUGACCCAGAUGUUUAUUGGUAUCCUCAUUAAUGUGGUUGGGUUCUUGUAUCGGAAUGAGUUUAUAGACUGCCAGUUUGACUGGUCUGUCUUCAAGGCUAGCAUUGCCAUGUAUGCGUCUUAUGCUCUUCUGUUUGGCUGGUACUUCUUUGAUCGAUACGUCAUUAAAAAGAGAAAGACUAACUGAAUUUAUUAUAAUAUUAGUGGUAGAUUCCAUUUGCUGACAUAGGAAAUUUAUAAUUUUAGAGCAAUUAUGUGAAUUAAAUUGAAUUUAUUUGA